AAUUGCAAGAUUUUAUAGAUGAAGCCAAAGUAGUAUUGAAAUUGGAACUCAAAAGAGAUGAUUUUGAUGGAUUGGUUAAAAUACUUUCUAUAUUAAACCAAAUUAACGAAAAGCAGUUUACCUUCGAUAAUAUGUUUGAACCUUUAAGAGAAAUAGUAAAUUUACUUAGGAAAUAUGGAUAUGAGUUCAGGGAUACGGAACUGUUACAACUUAAUGAGCUUCCUGAUGCAUGGCAAAAAAUUAAACGGCAAGCAGCGGUAACAAAACAAGUUAUUGCACCAAUACAAAGCUAUCAAGUGGACCAAAUUGAGAAACGCAUUUUGCUGUGCAACAAUAUGGCUAAUACAUACAGAAAAAAAUUUAUGCAAAAGAAAUUUUUUAAUGUUCCCUGUCCCAAUUGUUAUGAACUUAUUGACGAAACAGAUUUGGAAAUUGUUGAAUUAGAGCAACGGCAGCAAGCACUGACAGAAUCAUCUGUUCUUUUUGAAUUACAAGGUCCAGAUCCUGCAAAAAUUGAACUUUGUCGAAAUGACUUGAAGCUUUCAAAAAUAAUGUGGGAUUUCGCUAUUUCAAUAGAGUCCACUAUAAAUGAUUGGAAAAAAACACCAUGGAAAAAAAUUGAUAUCGAAGGAAUGGACCAAGAAUGUAAAAAGUUUGGUAGAGAAUUAAGGGGAUUAGAUCCUAGUAUGCGCACCUGGGAGCCAUUUAUAUUUAUGGAAGCUUCAUUAAAAAACUUAAUGACGUCAUUGAGAGCAGUUACUGAACUUCAAAAUCCAGCGAUAAGAGACCGUCAUUGGGUUGAACUAAUGCAAACUACACAAGUAAAAUUUAGCAUGGACGAUUCUACAACCUUAAAGUAUCUUAUCGAUCUUAAUCUACACGAAUACGAAGAAGAAGUUAAAAAUAUUGUUGACAAAUCUGUAAAGGAAAUGAACAUGGAAAAGCAACUUCGUGAUAUAGCAGCAGCUUGGGCCGUUAUGGAAUUUGGCAUAGAAAUUCAUGAACGUACAGGUAUUAAAUUAUUGAAAGCCUCGGAAGAAAUGAUUGAAACACUCGAGGAUCAUCAAGCUCAAAUACAAAAUAUGAUCUCAUCGAAAUAUGUUACAUUUUUCCUUCACGAAGUUUCAACUUGGCAACAGAAACUGUCAAAUGCUGAUCAAAUCAUUGGUUCUUGGUUUGAAGUACAACGAAAAUGGCAAUAUCUAGAAAGUAUUUUUAUUGGUUCUGAAGACAUACGCUCACAGCUGCCUGAUGAUUCAAAACGUUUUGAUUUUAUUGAUAAGGAGUUUAGAGCCCUAUUGGCUCAAAUGAAUUCUGAUCGGAACGUUGUACGAUCUACAAAUCGAUCGGGUAGUAAACUUAAUGAGCAUCUGGAAACAUUACUUAAAAUGCUUCUACUAUGUGAAAAAGCCCUUAAUGACUAUUUAGAGACUAAACGUUUAUGUUAUCCUCGGUUCUAUUUUGUUUCAUCAGCAGAUUUGUUGGAUAUUUUGUCAAACGGUAAUAGUCCAGCAAUGGUAUCUCGUCAUUUAACCAAAUUAUAUGAUUCCGUGGGCAAGCUCAAUCUCAUAGCAGGAACUAGGCAAGCCGGGGGGAUGGUGGCUAAGGAGCUAGAAGAAUAUGUUCCAUUUCUUCAAAACUGCGAUUGCAGUGGUAAAGUAGAAGUUUGGCUUAAUCGCGUUACUGAUAAGAUGAGGGAAACCCUUCGAGAUCAACUGAGACGUUCGUUAACUCAAUAUGAUCAUAAACCUCGUCACGUUUGGAUUUUUGAAUGGCCAGCGCAACCAGCAUUAGUUGGCACUCAAAUUAUGUGGACAGCUGAGACUAAUGAUGCGUUUGCUAAAGUACAGUUGCGAUACGAAAAUGCUCUUAAGGAUUAUAAUAGAAAACAAGUGAAUCAACUAAAUAACCUUAUUAUACUUUUAUUGGGUGAUCUUACAGCGGCAGAGCGUCAAAAGGUGAUGACUGUUUGUACCAUAGAUGUCCACAGUCGUGACGUAGUGGGUAGUAUUAUAGCAAAAAAAAUUGAAGUGCAGACAGCAUUUCAGUGGCAAAGUCAAUUGCGUCACCGAUGGGAUAGCAAAAUUGAUGAUUGUUUUGCUAACAUUUGUGAUGCCCAAUUUCGCUAUGACUAUGAAUAUCUUGGAAACACUCCUCGUCUUGUAAUUACGCCACUUACCGAUCGUUGUUAUAUAACGCUUACACAGUCCUUACACCUUGUAAUGGGUGGUGCUCCUGCUGGUCCAGCUGGUACUGGCAAAACCGAAACAACUAAGGACUUAGGGCGUGCGUUAGGUAUGAUGGUCUACGUCUUUAAUUGCUCUGAGCAAAUGGACUAUCAAUCAAUUGGUAAUAUCCAUAAGGGUCUUGCUCAAACCGGAGCUUGGGGUUGCUUCGAUGAAUUCAAUCGCAUAUCAGUAGAAGUAUUAUCAGUUGUUGCUGUUCAAGUUAAAUGUAUGCAGGACGCAAUAAAAGCAAAAAAAACUACCUUUAGCUUUUUAGGCGAAUACAUUGCGUUACGAGCGACAGUUGGUGUAUUCAUAACAAUGAAUCCUGGAUAUGCUGGUCGAGCAGAGCUUCCGGAAAACCUUAAAGCACUUUAUCGGCCCUGUGCAAUGGUUGUACCUGACUUUGCCCUUAUUAGUGAAAUUAUGUUGGUAGCGGAGGGAUUUCAGGAAGCACGUUUGCUAGCGAGAAAAUUUAUUACACUUUAUACAUUAUGUAAAGAACUCCUCUCAAAGCAAGACCAUUACGAUUGGGGUUUACGUGCUAUCAAAUCUGUUCUUGUUGUCGCUGGCGCUCUAAGG